AUGAAGUCUUUCUUUGCUAUCGCCGCCGGUCUCUUGGCCGCUAGCUCUUCAGUGCUCGCGGCUCCCGCAACUGGUUCCGACGGCUUCAUCAACAAGUACGCCCUCCCUGCGAACCACUCCACUGAGACCAAGGAGUACAUUAUCACCUGGUGGCGUAACGACACUGAGUCCAGGAAAAUCGAGACUUACUUGGACGAGUUAUCUCUUAACAAGGGAGAUGCGCUGAUUGCCGAAUCCUCACCGGGUGUCAACCCUCAAUGGGCCAUUGUCGAGAUGUGCGACGACCACGCCAAGGUCUUCCAGUCUUUGACAGAGGUCAACAUUGUUGAGGAAAAGGCAGAUGUCCAGUCCUUCGCACAGCAGCAAGGCGCUCCCUGGGGCCUGCAACGAAUCUCGAGCGCAGCCGGCGCUACUGGAUCCCCCAACGACCAGGAUUUUGUUUACUCCUUCGAUGAUUCAGCCCUCGGUGCUGGUGUUGACAUUUACGUCAUCGAUACCGGUGUGCGAACCUCCCACGCUGUUUUUACUGGACGUGCCACCCAGGGUUUCACCGCUACCGGCUCCUUCGUUGACGGUGAUGGCCACGGCACCCACGUUGCUGGUACUGCUGGUGGCGCGAAGUUCGGUGUCGCCCAGGGUGCCAACAUCAUUGAAGUUAAGGUUCUUGGAGACGACGGUUCUGGUGCGUCUUCCGACACCAUCAAGGGUAUGGACUGGGUUAUCGCCAACCACAACAAGCGGAAGACACAGCCAGGCUUUAUCGGUUCCAUCAUGAGCAUGUCUUGGGGUCUUCAGGGUACUGCUAAUUCAGUCGACGAGAUCAUUUCUGGUGCUUCUGAGGCUGGCAUCCACGUUUCGGUAGCCGCUGGUAAUGACGGUAUCGAUGCUUGCGGUAGCACUCCCGCUCAUCUGGGUGGCAAGAACUCCAAUGUUGUCACCGUCGGCUCUGUUAACAUCGACAACGAGAUCUCAUCCUUCUCCAAUAUCGGCCAGUGCGUUGACAUCUACGCCCCCGGCGAGCAAAUAUUGAGCUCAUGGAGCACCGGCGACGCCGUCAUCAACUUCCUUUCCGGUACAUCGAUGGCUUGCCCUCACGUCACCGGUGUAAUGGCCACUCUUAUGACUCAAGAUGUUGCUGGACUUGGUCAGAACCCUGCUGCGCUCAAGGCUAAGCUCCUCCAAACUGCCCGCCAGGGUGAUGUCAAGGGUAACACUGGUGGUAGCGCAAACUUGCUCCUCAGUAACGGUGUUGACGGCGCUGUUAAGCGUCUCACCAAGAACUACGUCCUACCAGACCACAGCGGUCUGAACGGUAGCCCGGCUGCUCGUGCCGCUGCUGCUGUCAUUGCUAAGGACAUCACCCUCGACAAGCGCUUCCAGCUUCACUCCCGGGAAGCCAAACUCCGAUUCUAG